AUGAUAUCGCUAGCACCGGAUCUUCCGUUGCCAGAUUACAGACUUGGCGAACGGGGUGAGAUGUACCCCUACUAUUUCAUUGACACAAUAGAGCCUGGUCAAAAUGUGCGGGUCUACCUCCUGGAUACCGGUCUCAACAUGCAGCAUCCGGAAUUCAGUGUUCGACCCAAGCCAGGCAUCACACGUGGGCAAACUCAGGACGAUUGGGACAUAGACUGGCUUUUUCCUAGAGUAGAUAACAAAGAGAAAUUUUUUGUCACGAUUCCCGGCGGCAUGAUUAUCCAGCAGCCCUUAUUCAGACUUCGAUUAAGACAGGUCGAGUAUGGUAGUUUGACACCCCAUGGGACUCGCAUGUCUGGCUUCAUAAUAGGAGAUCAUCUUGGUCAGGCGCAAAAGUGUCGUUAUACGGUCGUCAAGUUGCCACAAUAUACCAACGGCCCUCGCUCCGCAAGUGGCGUAUUGUUUCCCCUUUUCUCGGUCAAAGACGCGAUUGCUAUGAUGACCGAGGAUAUAGAGGAGAAAAAGCGACUAGGAGAAGAAUACUUUGUGAUCUCCUCUGCCAUGGGAUAUCCGUUUGGCGAUCAAGGCGAUGUAAGCCAACAUCCAAAGAGUGCUGAGAAAAAGUUCUCAAAGCUGUGGAGAAAUUUUCUAGACUGGGUUGAUGACAACGCAAUUACUAUCAGCGCCGCUGCGGGGAAUACAGGCGAUGAGAAUCCAGAGAUUGGGAACAGCCGUCAUAUAGGAGACAAUAUUUUGACAGCCUACGCACCAGGUGCAGGUGCUCGGAUCGUGUCAAGUGAUCCAAGUGGGGCUUACAUUUACCGAUACCUUGACCCUACUCUGAGCGCCGUGACAUCCGUGCGGAAUCACAUUGGCUAUAUCGCCCAAACGCUCGCCUUGGGAUACAGCGGCAAUGCAGUCAUUCCUCCCAAUCCGGGCGAGCAACCAAGUAUAUACGCCCACAGAAUGGUCUCAACUCAGUCGAAGCCAAGAUGUGCCGGCAGUGUGCCCAUCAUCUACAACAACGCACCGCUGGAGCUUUAUCAGGACUGCGGGGGUCUUGCCUUGCCCGCCUCAAUCGCGGCAGCUAUCAUGGCCGGAGAUGGAGGCCGGUUUGGGGGAACCGCCGCUGGAAUGUCCCCAACACCCGCAGCAGCUAUCGGAGGGAUCAUAGGAGGGGUUUCAGUAGCGGCAGCCCAUGCCUCGUCAACGCUUAUCGCUUCGCCUUCGACAACCGCUACAACGACAGUGUCAUGCUCCCACGCCGCAAUCCCCGCAAUACAUGUGCAGCCAUCGCCAGUGGUCCUGGCUGGUGUGUGUGCGGAGAGAGCCCCAGGUCGUACGCCGUACGAACUAGUACUGAUCUCGCGUGUGGUUGGACCACUCUACCACCAACGACAUCGUCCGACUACUCUGCUGCCACGACCACGUCUACACCCACAACGCCACCAGCCACAGCAAAUCCAGCUCCUUCGACACCACCACCUUCAUCUCGGUAUCGCCAUCGAGCUGCAACUUUACUCCGUCCCCAGCGGCGCAGAAGUCGCCACAUGGUUUGCCUACGUUUACAAACCGGGAGACGCGAGCCUAGACAAUGCCUGCAACAGCAAUCCGAGCGGGACAGCUCCCGUGCCCGAUGGGACACCUCUGUCCGAGGAGACGAGUCUUUACCCGGCUGACAUGACGAUAUCGGCAUACGGCCGGAAGCUGAGAUAUGAGUCCUUCUUUACCAGUGCGGUUGGAGAGCUGUGGGAUACUGAUACAGAUGAGGUACUUGGCGAUUGCAGUGCUGUGGCGGACGCGAAGAGUGUGGAGUGUGACUCGCAACUUAAUGACCAACCCCGCUCGUGCGAUCCUGAAAAAUCCCUCACCGCCGGCUGUGGCGCAUGGAUGGGGGUGAGAUUCAGACUCUCCUAUCCGUCCCAUCUGAACGAAAUCCUCCGAAAAGACGCCCAUAUUCGAUACCGCACAGCCAGACAUGGAGCUCUCCAUCUCGAAUCUCGCACAACAUUUCGUCUGCUUCAUCUCUCCAACGUUGGAAGGAAAGUGAAAGUGCCAACAGCGCUGCAAAAACCCGCCGAGGGCGCAGCGCCCGAAUAUGUAUGUAUGUAUGUCAUUCAAGGCAUUCUUCGCUCGCCCGAGGAAGCGGGACUUGUAGCCAAUGACUCGGCCAACACAUUGCCCAUCUUCAAAGGCCAAACCAAGGGAAUUGGCAAAACGAGACUCGUCUCUUCGCGAUCUUCAAAACACGCCUCACACCUGUACGUAACCGAGAAAGCAGCGGCUUCGUGGUGGACCGUGCCUAACGUCUCGGCUCUCCCGAACGCAUUCGUAUAUCGUAGUGGUUGA